AUGGCUACUGCUAAGCCCAUUGAUACUCCUAGUGCUUCAAAUGCACAUUUGUCUGUAGCAUUUGCACCUAAAUCAUCUCAGGAGAAGGAAUACAUGUCACAUGUUCCUUAUGCUAGUGCAGUGGAAAGCUUAAUGUAUGCUAUGGUCUGCACUAGACCGGAUCUUGCACAUGCUGUUAGUGUUGUCAUUAGGUUCAUGGGAGACCCUGGUAAGGAACACUGGCAAGAAGUGAAGAGGAUUUUCCGCUACCUCAGGGGUACAUCUGAUAUUGGUCUCAGUUAUGGUGGUGAUAGUCAGUGUCUAGUAUCUAGUUACUCAGAUUCUGACUAUGUUGGAGAUGUAGACAGUAGAAGAUCGAUGAUCGGUUAUGUAUUCACGCUUGGUGGUUCUGUUGUGAGUUGGAAGGCUACUCUACAGCCGACAGUAACCUUGUCUACUACAGAGGCAGAAUAUAUGGCCUUGACAGAAGCUGCUAAGGAGGGAAUCUGGUUGAAAUGA